AUGGCAGGAACACGCCGAAGUACGCGUCAGACAGCAUCUACAGCCCCUAAAUACAACGAGGAUGACUCUUCAGCCGCCGAAGACAAGACAAACUCGAAACGUAACGCGAAGAGGACGACGCGUCGCAAACGCGCGCGGAACGACGACGAUGACGGCCACGAAGAACAAGUAGUUGAGGAUAGCCCACCGCCGAACAAGAAAGCUGCUACAAGCAAAGCGAAGAAAUCACGAGCAAAAGCACCCGCAACUACCACAUCAACACAACCCGAAAGCUCCACGCCGAACCCCACCGUUGUAUCUGCUCCCUCUUCUUACCCAUCAUCCUCCUCAAACCGUCACGCAAACGGAAACCAAGAAGUGUACUGGCUGCUCAAAGCUGAGCCCCUUCCACGCUACGAAAAUGGUGUCAACGUCGCCUUUUCCAUAUCCGACCUACGCGCAUGUACCAAACCUGAACCCUGGGGUGGCGUACGAAACCCCCAAGCACGAAAUAACAUGCAAGCGAUGCGCAAAGACGACUUGGGCUUCUUCUACCAUUCCAACGCCAAGCCCUCGGGUGUUGUAGGUAUAUUGCGUGUGGUGGAAGAGGCAAAGGUCGACGAGACAGCGUUUGAUCCCAAGGACCCCUACUAUGAUAAAAAGUCGGAUCCGGAGAAGCCCAAGUGGUUUUGUGUGGGUGUCGAGUUUGUGAAGGAGUUUGAAAAGGCGGUGGAUUUACAUAAGAUCAAGGAAUUUGCCAAGGAUGGUGGGCCGUUGAAGGAUAUGCAGCUUGUUACCAAUUCUCGGCUGAGUGUGUGCAAGGUUAGGAAGGAAGAAUGGGAUUUCAUAAUGGGCUUGGCUGAGGGGAAGAAGGGGGAUGGAGGAGAAGAUGCACACAAGGCUUCAGAGAACGAGAUUGAAGGAGUUGAUACGGAUGAGGAAAAGGCGGAAGUAAAAGACAAAUGA